GGUUAGAGUGCCAGCGAUACUCAUAGUACUCCAUACCUCUCUGGCUCCCUCACACAUACCCUUUCUCGCCGUCUCCAUCACUCAGCACCUUUCUCUCCUCCCCAUAGUUAUCCCUUUGCAUGUGUGUGUUUGUGUGUCUGCGUGUGAUUCAGGUGCCUCCUCAGCAUCUCGAACCUUCCGGUCUCCACAGGGGAAGCCGCAUCGCUGACGCUGUUUAGUGAUCAGCGCUUUGGACCAGAAUCUUUGCGGGUGUGUAAGAGAGGAGAGGGAGGUUAACAUGGGCUCCAGCUCCUCCUCCUAUGCCCCUAGAACCAUUUACCUGGAUGUGGAUGGGAAAGUGCAAAAGGUGGUGUUCAGUGGGCACUGCAGCCCAUGUGACAUCAAGGAGCUUCUGUGUUCCUCAUCUAACAUUCCCAGGAACACUGCCAUCAUGUUGAUGGACCCAGAAGGAGCUUUGGUCUCCAUAGAUCCCACCAUGCCCACCAACUCUCCAAACUCUCUCUACAUGGUUGUUCCACAGUCUACUGGUCAAAUUGGAGAGAAGGAGGACAUGUUUCAGAACGUGUUGUCCCAGGUGGCCGAUCAGUUCAGCAGAGCCUUUCGCAUUAACGAGUUGAAGUCCGAGGUCACCAACAGGCUAGCGAUGCUGGAGAAGAGAGUGGAAUUGGAGGGCUUGAAGGUGGUGGAGAUUGAGAAGUGUAAAAAUGAUCUGAGAAAGCUACGAGAUGAGAUGACUUCAAGAGGUGGUGGCAGAGUAAACUGUCCAUGCAAAUACAACUUUGACGAUGGGAAGAAGGUCACGCCAAGACGAGAUGUGCCCAACUACCCCAAAUACACGCUGUCUCAGGAGACUAUUGAGGCGCUCAAGAAGCCAACAUUCGACGUCUGGCACUGGGAACAUAACGAGAUGCUGAGUUGUUUGGAGUAUAUGUACCAUGACUUGGGACUGGUGAAGGAAUUCAACAUGAACCCCAUCACACUCAAACGCUGGCUGUUGGCCAUUCAGGAGAACUACCGUAGUAAUCCUUUCCACAACUUUCGCCACUGCUUUUGCGUUAGUCAGAUGAUGUAUGGCAUGAUUAACCUCUGCAACCUACAGGACAAGCUGACUCUCACAGAUAUGGGCAUUCUAAUGACAGCUGCAGUGUGUCAUGACCUGGACCACCCUGGCUACAACAACACGUACCAAAUCAAUGCCCGCACAGAGCUAGCAGUCCGGUACAACGACAUAUCUCCGCUGGAGAACCACCACUGUGCCGUGGCCUUCCAGAUCCUCUCUCUUCCCGAGUGCAAUAUUUUUGCAAAUGUCGAUCCCGAGGCAUACAAACAGAUCCGACAGGCAAUCAUCACCCUCAUCCUGGCCACGGACAUGGCAAGACACGGGGAGAUACUCGACUCCUUCAAGCAAAAAGCCGACAACUUUGACUUCGCCAAUGAGGAGCACGUGACGUGUCUGAAGAUGGUUUUGAUCAAGUGCUGUGACAUUUCCAAUGAAGUGAGGCCAACUGAGGUAGCUGAGCCGUGGGUGGACUGCUUAUUGGAGGAGUAUUUCAUGCAGAGUGACAGGGAGAAGUCUGAGGGUCUCCCUGUGGCUCCCUUCAUGGACAGAGAUAAAGUCACCAAACCCACCGCUCAGAUCGGUUUCAUCAAGUUCGUCCUCAUCCCGAUGUUUGAGACCGUCAUGAAGCUUUUUCCUCAGAUUGAGGAGAUUAUGGUUCAACCUCUGAGAGACUCGCGGGACCACUACGAGGAGCUGAAACAGAUCGAUGAUGCCAUGACAGAGGAGGCACAGAAGAAAAAAACUGAAAAUAUGUCAAUAGGCGGGAAGAAGAAGUAAGCUCUGCAGAGAGCGAGUGGUGUGGUAUCUGUGGGUCUUCUUUUGUGAUCACACUCAGGAAAGACUUAAAAAAAAUGUGAUUGAGGCCCCGGUGAAGAGAUUCUGUGCUGCGUUGUCAAGACGACAGAUGGAUUGGGAUCAGAAUGGGGCGAACGGAGAUUGUUUGGCUACUUACCGAAGUAAAUGUAGGUGUUAAGGUGACAUAUCUAGAAAUGCGCUAAAUGUAACAAGGAGGGAUCACUCCUAUAUUUAUCGGUUUUAUUUUUUAUUACAUUGUAUCAUAGUUUAAAGGACCAAUUUCUACAAAAAACAACUUAUUCAAAUAUUUAAACCAUGCAUUUAAAAAAAAGAUUUGGCUGCAGAAUGAAAAUGAUCUAUUGAUUCACUUUUUUUUCCAGUAGAAGAAUAAAAUGCACCAAAGUAGGAUGUUUUCACCAUGUUUUGAAUUGAUACAGUGCACAGAGUGUUUUCCAAAGAAGAUGCUGCUUGGCACUUCUUUUGUCAUGUUUGCUACCAAUGAGCAGAUAAUCAAACCAUCAAGUCUGUGUGUGUCUCUUCUCUCCAUCAACACUGUCAUCAACCGUGUUCAUUCAAAUUAACACACACAAGAUCCAAGGUUUUACACAUGACCAUUGAAAUAGUUUUUGAUAUUUUGCAAUAAAUGUGAAACUUUG